GUGUGAUGACGCUCCCUUGAAUUUCCGUUGACGAGGCAUUUGAAACGCCGUUUGGUAUGCAAGAUGCAGAUCUCGCUAGUAACUUGAAUCCUCAGAAGCGUCGCUUAACCUGCCGCUUAAUAUGCCGAGGAAGGACGUAAGCUAGCAUCAUGCCCUACGUCGGAUACUGCGGGGAGAUUUUCUAGACCGCUACCUAUAUCACGAUCAUCAGGUCGAUUUAAAGAAACAAAUAAUCCUCAAGGCCCUUUUCUACUAGCAAUUGUCCCAGCCACUUCCGAUAUCUUCAACUUUCACACAAUCAGCCCUAAUACUGUCCCGCUACCAACUCCCUCCACCAUGGCUACCGGUUCGUGCCUCUGUGGAAAGGUGAAGAUCUCCUACUCCGGAGAGCCAGUCGCUCAAGCCCUCUGCCACUGCGGUGACUGCAAGAAGAUCUCCGGCGGCACUCACAGCAUCAACCAUGUCAUCGUCAGCGACGACUUCGCCGUGACCGGCGACCCUAAGCAAUUCACGAAGACCGCCGAUAGCGGCAAGUCCAUCAUCAGCCACUUCUGUGGCGACUGUGGCAGCACGCUCUUCCGGACAGGCGGGUCGUUUGGCCCUGCACACAUUGUGAAGGCGGGGGUUCUGGACACGCCGGGCGUGCUGGAGAAGGGGAAGCCUGUGUCGGAGCUGUUUGCGCCGCAGCGUCCGUCGUGGGUUCCGGCGGUCGAGGGGGCGGCGCAGAAGGAUGGGAUGUGAGGUCUUGAGGAUAAGAUGGAUGGGGAUGGUGUAGGCAGAAGUUAUCGAGGCGAGGACGGGCCUGGAAAGGAAGGGUGCAAUGGUUUCGGGGACUGGUACACGUCGAACUGAAAUGUAGCCCUCUGCUCUCAAGGGGAUGCGGAUUUUCAGGAAUGUCCCUCGAGCGUGAGGACGCCCGUCAUAGCAGAAUCAAUCCCAUCACUCGCUUCCCGACUCU